AUGCUUGUGUCGUCUAUCAUGAGAUUGCAGGAUGGUGACCAAGGUGAUGAUGAUCUUGAUGAGGAUGGACCUCGUGCAACUGAUAUGGAGGGAAGGGUAGAGAAGUACAUCGGCGUGAAAGUUUCUUUUACUGGGCAAGGGGAGACGCAGUCAAUGAAGCAGUUAUCUGGGGGUCAAAAAACUGUUGUAGCACUGACACUGAUCUUUGCUAUACAGCGAUGUGAUCCUGCGCCAUUUUAUCUUUUUGAUGAGAUAGACGCAGCACUUGAUCCUCAGUACAGAACUGCUGUGGGAAAUAUGGUUCGUCGUUUGGCUGACAUGGGGAGUACCCAGUUUAUCACCACAACGUUCCGCCCAGAGCUUGUGAAAGUUGCUGAUAAGAUAUAUGGGGUGACACACAAAAAUAGGGUCAGCCGUGUCAAUGUUGUCUCCAAGGAAGAAGCUUUAGAUUUUAUUGAGCAUGAUCAAUCCCACAAUGUUGAGUGAGGUAGAUAUCGAAAUAUAUUUACCCGUUUUGGAAAGAUAUUAGUUGGAUGAGAUUUAAAGCAUUAUUAUGCAGCAUUUCGGUGUAUGUUAUCUUGACAAAGUGCGGAGAAACAUGUCCAUUCCUGACAAAACAGUAAUACAACACGUGAAACUGAAUCACUUGGACUCUUUUAGAAAGAACCAGCGGUGUUAUAACUAAGCACCUGCCACCUCCACCUCCACCUCCACCUUCCCCUUCUCUCCCCAUCACCAAGGGAAAAGAAACUACUGUUGCACUUAAAUUUCUAGACAUUUAUUGGUGUUCUAGCUUCAAAAUAUAUGACAUGUUUCUGCAGAUUCGCUGGAAAGAUCGUGUGGAGGACAAUAGAAGUUGUCAACGUGGAUGGUAUAGACAUCU